AUGGACCUCAAGAACCCGUGCAGCUGCGGCGCGAGCGAGUGCACCAUUGCCUGUGCGUGCGCCGAGCACCCCAAGAAGUGCGAGAACCGCGCGUCGCAGCAGGGCGUCACCGUCCGCCUCUGCGUGACCCGGUACGCCGACAAGGGCUGGGGCGUGAAGACGCUGAAAGCCCUCAAGCGCGGCGACUUCGUCUGCGAGUAUGUCGGCGAGCUCAUCUCGGAGAGCGAGAUGAAGGCGCGGGAGGAGCGCGCUGAGAUCAACUCGUCCUACAUCUUCACCCCCUCGGGCCGGGGAGGCGCGGAGGCGUAUGCCGCCAUCGACGGUUUCGCCAUGCGCAACGUCGCCGCCUUCAUCAACUUCUCCUGCUCGCCCAACCUGGAGCUCCGCUACCUCGACCACCCAUACGGCGACCGGCGGAUCAAACGCGUCGGCUUCUACGCGAAGGAGGACAUCGAGUCGGGGACGGAGCUCGGCUACCGCCGCAACCAGGGGUGCGUGGAUGGCCAGAUGUCGAAAAUCGCGUGCAAGUGCGGCUCCGAGAAGUGCCGCGGCUUCCUCUGA